CUCAGCUUUACCAAACACAAAUUCUAAACACUUCGUUUUCAUUCAUUAAGAAUUUGUAUCUGCAAAAUGCAGUCCUGGUUCAUUAUCCUUUUCUCCAUCUCCAUAGCUUUCCUCCUCAAAGCUUUCAUUAACCUUCUCUUUCCCAACAAACAUCUUCCUCCUGGCCCUUCAACCUUCCCCAUUUUUGGCAACUUAUUGUGGCUUCGAAGAUCAACUUCUCAAAUUGAACCCAUCCUCCGGAAUCUCCAUGCCAAAUUUGGCCCCAUUGUUACUCUCCACUUUGGCUCUCGUCGUGCCAUCUUUGUUGCCGACCGCUCCCUUGCCUACAAGGCUUUAGUCCAAAAUGGUGCUGUCUUUUCUAAUCGUCCACCGGCUCCUCCCACAACCAAAUUAUUUAGCAGCAACCAACACAAUAUCACUUCCUCUUCUUAUGGCCCUACGUGGCGCCUCCUGCGCCGCAAUCUCAAUAGAGAAAUUCUCCACCCUGCACGUGUGAGGAGCUACACGCGUGCGCGCAAGUGGGUUCUGCAUAUUCUUUUGGAUCGUCUCAAGUCAGAGUCCAAAAAUGGUGAUCCAGUUCGUGUGAUGGAUCAUUUUCAAUACGGCAUGUUUUGCUUAUUAGUGUUUAUGUGUUUCGGAGACCAGGUUAAUGAAAGCCAAAUCAAACAUGUUGAGGACCUCCAGCGUCGGCUGUUGUUAGGAUUUAACCGAUUCAAUAUACUAAAUUUGUGGCCAAGAUUGACAAAAAUUGUACUUCGCAAAAGGUGGGAAGAGCUGCUUCAGUUACGGAAAUAUCAAGAAGAAGUAUUGAUUCCAUUGAUAAGAUCGAGAAAGAAGGUGAAGGAAGAGAGUUUAAACGAAGGAAAAGAGGAUGAAUAUGUUAUAGCGUAUGUUGAUAGUUUGUUAGAUUUGGAGCUUCCAGAAGAGAAGAGGAAGCUUAAUGAAUCAGAAAUUGUUUCUUUGUCCUCGGAAUUUCUAAACGCUGGCACAGACACUACAUCCACAGCGCUGCAGUGGAUCAUGGCGAAUUUAGUGAAAUACCCACAUAUUCAAGAGAAGAUAUUCAUGGAGAUUAAAGGGGUUGUGGAAGAAGGAGAGGAUGAAGUGAAAGAAGAUGACUUGCAGAAGAUGCCAUACUUGAAGGCAGUGAUAUUAGAGGGUUUAAGAAGACAUCCUCCUGCGCAUUUUGUGUUACCACACGCUGUCACAGAAGAUGUAGAGGUGAAUGGAUAUGUGAUACCAAAGGAUGUGAGCAUCAAUUUAAUGGUAGCUGAAAUGGGUUGGGACCCAAAAGUGUGGGAAGAUCCAAUGGCAUUCAAGCCAGAGAGAUUUAUGGGUGGUGAUUUUGAUAUAACAGGAAGCAGGGAGAUUAAGAUGAUGCCAUUUGGGGUUGGAAGAAGAAUUUGUCCAGGGCUUGGUUUGGCAAUGCUUCAUUUGGAGUAUUUUGUGGCGAAUUUGGUUUGGAAAUUUGAGUGGAAGGGUGUUGAGGGAGAUGAGAUUGAUUUAUCAGAGAAGCAGGAGUUCACAAUAGUUAUGAAGAAUCCAUUAAAGGUUCAUAUUUGUGAGAGGAGUAGAUAAUUUAGUUAUGUAUUGAGUGUGUAUAACUUUUUGAUUAUUAAAUAUAUGUUUAUGAUAAUUUUGUAUGUUAAUUACAUGAA